AUGGAAGAUCUAACAAUCGUGGCAGAUCCAGGACUAGGAGGUCCAAAUCCAGAGAUUCCAGAGGUCGGUUUAUUCCCCAACAUUUUCUCCCAGGCCGCGUAUGGCGUCAGCGACGCCGGAGAGCUCCUCCUGCUCUUUCUCCCCCUGGCCGUCGUCGUAAGAGCAGAGUACAAGCCAUGGAAGGAGAAGAAUAAAACCGCAGAUGCUCUCUCGCCGGUGCACAUCGUAACAGAGAAGCCGAACCUGCCAGCGAGCAGUUCGGCAGCGGCGGCGGUACCGCAGGCUCAACAAGUCUCCUGCUUCAAGAACAUAUUCCGGCCUCCGGACCGAGGAGAGGACUACACCAUCCUCCAGGUGCUUUUCAGCGUUGACAUGCUGAUCCUUUUCGUGGCGACGGUUUGCAGAGUGGGAGGAACGCUGACGGCGAUUGAUAACCUGGGCCAAAUCGGGUACCCGACCCGAAACACCAGCACGUACGUAUCGCUAGUGAGCAUAUGGAACUACCUGGGUCGGGUCGCUUCCGGGUUCACAUCCGAAAUCUUCUUGACCCGGUACAAGUUUCCCCGCCCGCUCAUGCUCGCCCUCAUUUUCUUACUCUCCUGCGUGGGCCACCUCCUCAUCGCCUUUGCCGUCCCAAACAGCCUCUACGCGGCGUCGGUCAUAAUCGGAUUCUGCUUCGGGGCCCAGUGGCCGCUUAUCUACGCCAUAAUCUCGGAGAUAUUCGGACUCAAGUACUAUUCUACCCUGUACAACUUUGGAGCCGUCGCAAGUCCGAUCGGGGCGUACUUGCUGAACGCGCGGGUCACGGGUCAUCUGUACGACCAAAAAGCGAGGAGGCAAUUGGCGGCUUUGGGGAAGUCGAGAAAGGCCGGAGAGGACUUGAACUGUAACGGGGUUGAGUGCUUCAAGCUGGCUUUUAUUACAAUCACGGCGGCGACAGUGUUCGGGGCAGCCGUUUCGGUUGCUCUGGUGGUCAGGACUAGGAAGUUUUACCGGAGUGACAUUUACAAGAAGUUCAGGGAGCAGGCGGAGGCGGCUGAGACAGAAAUGGCGGUGGCCGGGAACGGCGCCCGGCCAGCCGGAGCUAAAGUCUUUUAAUAUGGAAUUCAAUUUGUCGGUUCAUUGUCAAUUGUAACAUUAGACAGCGGUCAAAUUGCAAAAAAGAUGAAGUUUGAGGGUCGGAAUGUGAGAAAUUUUGAUGUUUUAUGGGGGAAAUUACAAUUAAAGAAAAAUGUGCGGCUCUACAAAAUUGAAAUAUGAAGAC